AUGAGUAAGGUGGAAAUGAUUCCUUCGAAAAAAAUAGAAAUGCAAAAAUACCUUACACCAUGUGAAGCUUACAAAAUAGACCGCAAGGAUGACAAGGAAAACCCAAAAUCUAUGAAGACCGAAGAAAGCACGAAACUUCCGCCGCGUAGUGAUUUGGACCAGUACAAAUUACAACAGCAAAUUUGCAAGCUAGACAAAUUAGGUAAAUCGAUUCAAUCUUUACCGGGCAAACGGAUACUAGAUAAAAACACAUACAGUCGGUUAAAAAAUGCUGCCGUGGUGGUGACUGCAGAGGAACGGCGAAAGGCUAUUCGACAGCACAUUGCCAAUGAAGAACGGCUUAAGGCAGAAAGCGAAGCGAGGAAAGAACAUUUACAAAAAUUUAAUAUGUUUAAGACUAAAGGGCCAAAACUUGCUAAGUUAGAUGAAGACGCAAACAAAAAGACAAACUAUUUACUCAAUAGAGCAUAUGAAUUAAGACAGGAACAAGAGUACGAAAUAAAACAAUGCAAUUCGUUAAUAUUGAGUACCAAGUGCCAUGCAAUACGAUGUGCACAAAUUGAAGAAAAAGAACUUAUACAAAAAGAAAUGAAGCAAGAACAACGUAGAUCUGAGCAAAUCAUGGAACAACAACGUAUAUUGGCAGCUAAGGAGUACGAAAAGGCAGUAGAAGCUGACAGGCUUAAAAAAAAAUUACAAGCAACGGAAAUUGUGCAACAGAUGAAAGAAAAUGAGAUCACCAGAGAAUGGGAAGCUGCUAGAGCUUCAGAAGAUGCGAGGGUUCGUACAGAAGCUGCAAUCGAGGCUCAACGGGCUGAAGUGAUAGAUUACAAGGACAAAUUGAUAAAACAAGCAGAAAUGAGAAAAGAAUUUUUACAAAUUAAUGCGCAGCUAAAAGACUUGAAAUCAAUCGAAAAAGAAUUAGUCAAAGUUGAAAUCCUACAGAUACAAGCAUAUGAUCGAAAAAAGAAUGAACGGGAAAUGGCAUACGAAGAGGAGAUGAAGAAACUUAAAAUGUCUAAAGAAAAAGAAAUCGCCAAGAUUCAAGCGAGUCAGAAGGCCACGCAAGAUUUCCAGGCAGCAAAAGAUGAGCUAAACGCACUCCGAACACAAGACAAAGUAGAACGAGAGUGGCGACGGAAGGAACGUGAAGAGGCUAUAAGAAAAAUAAAACUAAAUGAAGAUUUGAAGGAAGCUCGACGACAACAAAUUGAAGGACAAAGAGAAAGUUAUGCUUUUGAAAUACAAAGAGAAAAAGAAGAGUUUGACAAAAUUAUUAAACUCAAUGUAGAGGAUAUUGAAAGAACCAAAGAAUUAGAUAGACAAACUAAAAUGAAAAUCGAUGAACAUAGGAGAAAUUUACUGAAGCAGAUUAGUGAAAAGGAAUUGGAAAGAAUCAAGAAGAGAAGAGACUUUUUCCAGGAAGGCGUCACAUACCAACAAGGUGAAGCUGCUAGGGAAAAAGCAUUACGGGAUACAAUGAAAAAGAAAGUCGAAGAGCUUAGGGCUCACAAAUUACCGAAGAAGUAUGUACAAGGCAUCGAGAGACAAUUAAAAUUAAGAGACUGA